UCUUUGCAGGUAGCACCCAACUGAGAAAGCCUAGAAAGUAAAAGCUCUUCUAUCUCCUAAAUUCACUCCCUCCAACACUCAAAUCACUACUUAAUCAUGGCGGGGGGUAAGAUUAGGAAGGAAAAGCCUUCCCGAGCUACAACUCUCCAGGGAGGCAUUCCUUUCCAUAAAUCAAAAGGACAGCAUAUCCUCAAGAACCCUCUGCUCGUGGACACAAUAGUUCAGAAAGCAGGAAUUAAGAGCACAGAUGUUAUCCUUGAGAUUGGUCCUGGUACGGGUAACCUUACAAAGAAGCUACUUGAUGCUGGUAAGUCAGUGAUCGCUGUUGAAUUGGAUCCUCGCAUGGUUCUCGAGUUGCAACGUCGUUUUCAAGGAACUCAUUCCAAUCGAUUGAAGGUCAUCCAAGGAGAUGUGCUGAAGUGUGAUCUUCCCUACUUCGAUAUCUGUGUGGCAAACAUACCUUAUCAAAUCUCUUCCCCUCUCACUUUCAAGUUGUUGUCACAUCGACCAGUCUUCAGGUGUGCGGUCAUUAUGUUUCAGAGGGAGUUCGCCAUGAGACUUGUUGCUCAGCCUGGAGAUAAUCUUUAUUGCCGCCUUUCAGUGAACACACAACUCCUUGCCCGUGUUUCCCAUCUCCUUAAAGUGGGUAAAAACAACUUCCGUCCUCCACCUAAGGUAGAUUCUUCUGUUGUCAGAAUUGAGCCAAGGAAACCACUUCCCCCAGUGAAUUUCAAGGAGUGGGAUGGAUUAAUCAGGCUUUGUUUCAACCGAAAGAACAAAACUCUAGGUUCCAUUUUCAGGCAGAAGUCUGUCCUCUCUUUGCUGGAAAAGAACUACAGGACCUUACAGGCACUACAGCUCUCGCAGAAAGGGUCUUCAGAGGAUACAGAUAUGGCUGAGGAUGUGUCUGUUUUGGCACACGCUAAUGAGGACCUGAAUAUGGACAUGGAGGAUGGAAGAGAUGAUGAGGACAUGGAGAUGGAGGAUGGUGUUGCAGGAAUGGAGGGGUCUGAUUUCAAAGAAAAGGUGUUGGGUGUGUUGAAACAAGGAAAUUUUGAGGAGAAGAGGUCUUCCAAGCUUACACAAGUGGAUUUCCUGUACUUGCUUUCCUUGUUUAACAAGGCAAGCAUUCACUUCUCUUGAAUCAGGGGCUCAGUACUUUUUCAUUUUUUUUUCUUUCUUUUAAAAUUUUAGUUUAUAGUAUAACCAAUUUUGUUUCAUCUGCUUUCCUUGGACAGCUGGGGUAUAGGGUAUCUCAAUUUUGGGGAUUGUCUAUGUAUCUGUUCUUUACAAUAUAAGGGAAGACUCUUUUCUUUUCUCCUGUAAUGCAG